AUGUUCUGUCUAAUUUCGCAAGGGACACAACAGAAGUGGGAGAAACUGAAUCUAUUACAAAAGGCUCAGAAGUGGUUAUAUGAUUACCUCCUAGCGGCCUGGAAGACCGUGUUGGUUAAGACCUGUGGGCAGACAGGAGAGCAGUCUAUUCAAAUAACGCCGUGA